AUGGCAUCCUACAAGCCCACCCACGGCGCCGGCAUGUCCAGCGUUGGUACCAACUCUCUCUAUGAGGCCGGUGACCAGCGCAACGAGCCCCAGUCCGUCAUCAACGAGCGUGAGCGUUACACCGAGGGCAAGGAGAACAGCCACAAGAACCUCGACUCCAAGGACGAGCGCUCCAUCGCCAACAAGCUCGCCUCUCAGGGCAACAAGGCUGAUCCUUCUCACCACCACAACAACGUCACUGACCGCGAGGCUGAGCUGAGCAAGAAGGACCCUACUGCUCCCGCCAAGAUGCACGGCAACGAGCCCUCCAAGGGUGCCAAGAUCGACGCUGAGCUCCAGGCCGAAGAUGAGCAGCGUCUGCGCGAGAAGGGCAUCAAGAAAUAG